UGCUAAUAGUAAUAUUAAAAACACAAAUUUUAGCUUUGACUUUUUGGUCAGUUCUCAUUCAAAUAUUAAUCUACAUCACGUUGCCAAAUACGUUCAACUUCAACUGAAUAACUAAAGAAUCGGUGUAUAUCCCUAAGAUCGCUAGUUUUUAAACAACCCAUAAUCUCAUUCAGUUACCGCAUAAACCAUACUGCAAUACCCCUCAUCGUUCAACUCCUCUGUUUAUGUGGGAUUUGCCACCGAACCACGGCCGUAAGGGACUCCGGUGACGCUGCGAAAGAACUUUUGACGACCCUUUGAAUCAAGGUCUCAAGACAACUGUGCAAACUUAGUUGUUCGUCUCUGUUCAUAGAAUGUCUGUUUGAAUCUUUUAGCCAAUUUGUUCGCCUAUUUUGAGCAACAACGAACCGCCGCCGUUCGAAACGACUAAUUGGUUCGACAGGCCUCCAACUACGAAAUAGUUUUCCGUCGAAAUUACCACGCUCGAACUUCGUCAUCAUCUGUUGAAACGAUCACAAACUCUUAGCUCUACCGUUCGGAAGACCUCCGUUGAACCUAGCCUCCAUCGAUCAACUAUCCUAAUUGAUACAAGAAGUACAUAGUCAUCUUCUACUCCCCUGUUCAUAUCUCCAUUAAUAUCCAUGGAGACAAAUCCACCAACCUCAGAAUUAAUGUCGCCGGUCCAUAGUUUCCCCAACCGGUUCUUUUGCAGCGACUUCCAAAAUGAUGAGGAAUUUAAUGCGCCAGCUUCUGUAUACACUUAUAUGCAUGUUGAUUGUUCUCGGUCAUCUGAAGCCCCUGUUAGAUCCCCGGAUGUUGUGAUAUCCAACAAUUUCAUGAACAACGCGUUUAAUGAUGACCAGGUUAUGGAUAAUGAAGAAGCAUCCCAAGAUUCCCAUAUGCAGGCCAUGACUGUUGCUGUUUCUGGAUCAUCUCAUGGUCCUUCUAUGUUUGCUGAAUCAUCACGCGGCCAGUUAGACGGGCCAUCGAAUCCAUACUUUGUUUUUGAUACCCCUCAGGGAACCCGUUACUGGAUUCCUAACGUCGCUGAUAAGUUCAUACCAGUGUGUGGGAAAUCUUAUCCAACUUUUGCGGAUGUUCUUUCCAUGUAUGAACUUUAUGCGUUUGAAGCAGGUUUUUCUGUAAGUAAAGGGCAAACUAAAGUCUGGAAUGGAAUUCCCACACACAAGUAUCUUCGAUGCUCAAAAUAUGGAAAACCACAACCAAAGAGGACUUUUGACACCCUAGAUGAAUCUUCUGUUAAGCACCGGAGGACCAACUUCACAUGGUGUGACUGUAAGGCAAGCAUACUAGUCUCGAUCUCGAAUGAUUCAUACACAGUUCUGAGUUUCAAUGAUAUUCAUAAUCAUGAACUUGUUGAGAGUUACAACUGUGAUCUUAGCAAGAUAUCACGGAAGCUGUCAUUCUCCACGAAACAAUUCAUUCACAAUAUGAGUCUAAACCGCAUCGGACCAAUGAGAGCUUAUAGAUGUCUUGUAGCUUUAAAAGGAGGGCAUCACAAUGUCAAUGGGACUCCGGUGGAUUUUAAAAACUUUAGCCACCAGUUGCGAAUUUUUAUUGGUGAACGCGACGCACAAGUUUUCCUUGAACGCCUGCGUGAGCGUUUUGACAACCUACCCAACUUCUAUUUUGAUUACACUGUAUCAAAUGGAAAGUUGUCUUCUGUAUUCUGGGCUGAUGAGAUUUCAAAGCUAAACUACAAAGCUUUUGGCGAUGUCCUCGCGUUUGACGCAACUUACAACACAAACAGGUACAAGAUGGUUUUUGUGCCAUUCACGGGUGUGGAUCAUCAUUUCCAAUGUGUUACAUUUGGAGCGGGUUUGAUAUCAACCGAGUCCAUUGAAUCUUAUGUGUGGUUGCUUAAGGCUUUCUUGAAGGCACACGGUACUCAACCAAUUCUCGUGCUGAGUGAUCAAGACCCAUCCAUGCUACAAGCUGUUCCUAUGGUCUUUACCGAAUCACGACACCGUCUAUGCAUGUGGCAUAUAAUGAAAAAACUACCCUCCAAGAUCUCUGCCGACGUGCUCGAUAACACUGAUCUUCGGUCCUGCAUUCACCGGUUGGUUUGGAAUGUUUAUAUCAAACCUGAAACGUUUGAGUCCCGCUGGAAUGACCUCCUACAAACAUUUGGGCUUCAAGACCACAGCUGGUUGAACGACAUGUACAACAUCAAACAUCUCUGGGUACCAGCCUACUUCAGGGAACUGCCCAUGUGUUGCUUAAUGAAGACCACCUCCCGCUGCGAAAGCUCUAACGCUGCCUUCAAGGUCAACUCAACAAGCGCAAACACCCUUGUACAAUUUAUGAUGUGCUUUGAAAAUAGGGUAGACAGCCAACGAUAUCGUCAACGUGUAUCGGAGUACAAAACCUCAUCCACAAUGUUCACUGGCAAUACUGAUUUAGCGAUAGAACAGCACGCGUUCGCCAUUUACACAAACGCUGUUUUCGCGCAAGUUCAAAAAGAGAUAAUUAAAGGGAAGUUUUUAUGCUACAUCACAAACCAAACCGAGUCCAGCAAUUCUAGUCUUUUGAUAGACGUCACUCAUUUGGAUAAAAGGAACAACAUCACAAACGUCUAUCAGACCAAUCCGCCAGUUGCUCAUGCAGGAAUUUCACACGUAUCGGAUAUCUGUGUCGCCAUGUCUUUUGCGUCUAUCGAUUGAAAAAUGUUGAAAGGAUUCCACCACAAUACAUAAACGAUAGGUGGCGUCGAGAUGCCCUCCC